AUGGCGGCGGUGGUUUCGCGAUCGCUGGCGGCGGCUGCGCUGUGCCCUGUGUCCGUGGUGAAGACACGCAUGGAGGUUAGUGGGAGACACGCAUGGAGGUUAGUGGGAGGUGGGGGAGGGGGGGAUGGAAGAGAGGAGCUAGUGCUCUUGUUGGCGAGCACGCUGACGUUGAAACACGCGCUGGCUGCUGCUGCUGCUGCUGCUGCUGCUGCUGCUGCUGCUGCUGCUGCUGCUGCUGCUGCUGCUGCUGCUGCUGCUGCUGCUGCUGCUGCUGCUGCUGCUGCUGCUGCUGCUGCUGCUGCUGCUGCUGUGCCCUUCCGCGAUCAAGUCCGUGGCAUGUACGAGACCAAGGCGGAACAGCAGGACUUGAAGCGAGGGGCGGCCGCUGCUGCAAUUCACUCUGCGCUUGACGCUGUCAGUGGAAACCCGGAGAAAAAUAGCAAAAUUACGGAUUUCUUUGGCAAUGAGGCGACGUGCGCCAAGGAGGACGCGGAUAACGAGUUUUGCCUUCUGUUCGCGGCGCUGAAACUUCCGGAGCGCAUUGCGGACGAUCCGGUCUUCCGCUACGCGGUCCAGUGCAUUGCGCGCGCUGGACCUGGGUACGUCCCUCCUAAGAGGCGCUACAUUGGAGGGGCAGGCUUGAAGAAGGUGCGGCAGAAAAUGGAGGUCGCGUUCGCCCCCGUUGCCGCGAGCUGGAAGCGGGACGGGGUAACGGUGUCGUCGGACAUGAUGACCGACCGUUGUGGCCGCCCGCAGGCCAACAUACUCCUUGUCAACGACUCCGGCGCAGUUUUCGAGCAGGCGGUGGACUGCAACAUGGAGUCGAAGUCCGGGGGGUACAUCGCCAGCCUUCUCCGCCCCGUCAUUGAUAAGGUGGGGCCGGAGAAUGUGGUGGCGGUCUGCACCGAUGGCGGCAGCAACUUUGCAUCGGCCGCCAAGAGGAUUGCGAGCACAUGGCCGCACAUUGAGCAUGUGCCAUGUGCCACGCAUCUCCUGGACCUGAUGAUGGAAGAUAUGGGCAAAAUGGGAUGGGCGAAGAGGCUUGUGGAGAAAAGAGGGGAGAUGAUUACCUUCGUGCGCAACCACCACUUUACCCGUGCCUAUAUGAAGAAAGUGGGGGGGAAGCAGGUGCUCAAGCCUGCGGGAACCAGGUUCGGGACACAAUACAUAGCCAUGGCCCGGCUAUGUGAGGUGAGGAGUGGGCUGGCGGCGAUGGUGCUCCGCGACGAGUGGAAGGUGUGGGCAGCGGCGGACAAGGAUAGGAAGACAGCAGCUGGGAAAUUCAGGGCUGCUGUGAUGGAUGAGGAGUGGUGGGGGGUGGCGGAGUUCUUUACCUCUCUCAUGGCGGUGCCAUUCAAGGCCAUGCGGGCCACGGACUCUUUCGCGAAAGGCAUGAUGGGUCAGCUGUAUGACAUCAUGCUACAGCUUACCGAGGACAUCAAUGACAAGCUCGACGCUUCAAGUGACUUCUUGACUCGGACAGAGAGGGCAGACAUUACCAAGAUUGUGAAGGAUAGGUGGGACAACUCCCUUGCCUGCCCCAUGCAUGUGGUUGGCCGGAUCCUGAAUCCGGCCAACCAGGAGGAAGGAAUUUUCAGGAACGAUGUGGAGUGCACGCGGGUGUUCAAGGACUACAUCGAGCGCCACUAUGACAACAAGACUUUCAAGCGUGGCAAGGAUGCCGCCCCUCGUCGCGCCUCCCUUGUGUUGCAGGAGGCAUUGCUGGCCUACAUCAACAUGGAGGGCAGCUUUGGCAAGCCGGGCGCCAUUUCUGCAAGGGAGGUAGUGAAGAAGGGGGAGAUGAGCAUGGUGCAGUGGUGGUCGUGGCACAGCACCGAGUAUCCUGAGCUUGCCGCCCUCGCAUGCCCGGUGCUCACUCAGCUUGUCUUGGCUUCCCCAUGCGAGCGUGGCUGGGCGCAGUGGGAAGGCGUCCACACCGCCUGCCGCAACCGGCUCGGGUCCGCCAAGUUUACGGACCUCGUCUACAUUGCGCACAUCUGGAACGUUGUGCGCAAUUGGUACAAGAAGGAUGGGGGCAGCACGGUUGUGCCCGGUAACAUCUCGGAUGCCCCUAUCCCCCCCGGCUAUAACAUGGAUGAGGAGGAGGAUGACAUGCUGGGGGAAGAAGGAGAGGAUGCAGUGCUGGCGGAUGAGUAUGGAGAAGGUGUGGUGGUGGAAAGGCCCCGCAAGGAAAUCGGUUGUGGGGAAGCUAGCUAG